GGGUCAGAUGGGGCUCUUCUCUCACAGGUCAUCGAGGCGCACCAUGGAGCUGAUCAGGCUGACUGUUGUAGCUAAUAGAAGGCCGAUCCAAGCGAGCAGAGGCUGACCUGAGCCUCACGUUCUCUUUCUCAAUCCAUCCUUAGAUAUCCACUCCUUCCUACCAUUCAUUGCCUACCAUUGCUGCCGUCAUCCUAUUCGUCAGUCCUUCCAUUGUCCUAUACCAGCCCGAAGCGACCAAUGUAUAUAUGAAGCACCAUGUCGAGCAUUCAACAGAGUCCCGAACGCCGGCCACGAGCACUAGCCGACAUACACUACAACAACCUCAUCAAUGACAAUGCGACGUCGUCAGAAGAUGAAGGUCCCGAGAUUCGAGCCAUUGCACCCGCCGAAGCACAAUCCCUUGUCGGAGUCAGUCUUGGACGAGCGCAAACACGCCUGAUAUUGCCGCAGACACCAGCAGCAGAGAAGCACGCAGCCAUUGACGAGCAGGGAGGCUUCUUUGGCGGUCCUCAGAUCCAAGACGACGUAGACCUCGACGAAGAUGACGACAAAGCGCCCACCCCACCAGCUCUCGAGCAAGAACGUUUACCCAGACCAGUCACGCGGGAAAGGCAAGUGAUACAGGAGAGACCAACAACAGAACACAGAGCACCGGCGACAACAACAGGGGAGACGACGGUGCGUCUACCUUCACCAUGGCGCGCUGGACCUAAGAAGUUCAAGAGGACGGAUGAGAGUCGUUCUGUGCUGAAGGACGGUUUCCGUCGACGAGCCUCCUCGGGGAGUCCACCAGGAGCAGGUGCGGGCAUGGUCGAAGGAUGGCGGGAUGCGCUCAAGACUAGCAUACACAACUUCACCUCUCCCUUCUCGAGCACUCACACGACUGCCCAUGCCCCUGAAUCCGAGCGCAAGACCCGUCCGACCAACCGAGAGAGACGUAGUGGCUCUCUCUUUGCCUCGCUCGCUUCUCUGUCCUCAUCUUCGACCACCAACAUCCUGCCUCCGCGCCCUCGCAGAACCAAUAGCAUUGGUAACACCCUUGCUGAUUCGAAUCCUCAACCUCCCUCGACUGCUCCAGCCUCGACCGCAAAAGAGCCCGCUCCUCAGCGUCUGUUACAACAUCCUAAAACUAUGCCCCUCUCGAGGGAUCCACCAUCCAACGAAUCCACUACGAGCAAUGGCAACCCCCAGUUUAUGCCCAUCCGCCCAGCCACCUCCAAAACAGCGAACGGCCAACCAGAAAACACUCUCAGCCCUAUGGCUAGAGUCAAUAGCGGCAGAAGCCACAGGAGUUUGCGCCGCUCUGCUUCAGAAUCUUCCCUACACACCUUCCGCACUCUGUCGCGUGUUCCGUCUCUUGGGGAUGAUAGUCGCUUCGAACACGUUCAAGCACAGGUCAACAGCAGAAUGAAGGCAAUCAGAGAUAGCUGGCAGGAUACUAACAUUAGACUGCCACUUCUUCCCUCAUUCUCCUCCCUGUCUGACCUGUCUCUCAAUCGCGCCAAUUCUUUUUCCAAGAAGAAUCAAACGUCAAAUCCAUCUGUAUCUUCUUCUGCUCUUCCAUCUGCAACUUCUAGACCGAACGGUCAAUUGCCCAGAGCAUCAACAGCUGGCCCACAAGCAAGCAAAACUGCCCAACAGCAUCCACACUUCUCGAGAGCACUAGAUGAGCUGACCGGUGACGUGGUGAUUCUUGGAGGCUACCGUGGCUCUAUAUUGAGGUCUGCGGAGCCGCCCCACAGGCAACUAUGGGCACCCAUCAAGGUUGGCUUGAACGUGAGAAAGGUAGAUUUGGAAGUCGGCCUCGAUGCCGAUGCCGAUGAGAGAGCUCAUGAGAAGAUCAUUCCUGGCGGCAUGCUUACUCACAUUGGCCCCGUUGACAUUUCUAGACGUUUGUUCAAACGCAUGCGUGCCUGUGAAAAUGCCAAAAGUGGCAAGUUGCGAGUCCAUGAUUAUGGCUAUGAUUGGCGUUUAGAUCCAAACUUCCUCAGCAAGCAACUCAUCCAGUUCUUGGAAAAGCUGGAGUGCAACAAACCCGGUACACCGAAAGACAAGCGUGGUGCCACAGUCAUCGCACAUUCGUUGGGUGGCCUGAUCACAAGACAUGCUGUGAACAAACGACCAGACCUCUUUGCAGGAGUGGUAUAUGCUGGUGUGCCUAGAACCUGCGUCAAUAUCCUCGGCCCUUUCCGUAACGGCGACGAUGUACUCCUGAGUAGUCGCGUUUUGACAGCCCAAGUCAACUUUACGAUCCGAACGAGUUUCGCCCUCUUACCACUCGAUGGUCGGUGUUUCUUCAACAAAGAAACCAAGGAGGAAUACCCCGUCGAUUUCUUCGACCCACAAACCUGGAUCGAUUGGCGUCUGUCCCCUUGCAUCGCUCGCCCUCUGCCUUCACUCAACGAACCCCCUCAACCUACUGGCCUGGCUGGUGUUAUGAACAGCAUGGCAGGUGUUAUGAACAGCAUGGUGCCCGGUCGCAAGAACAGUGUAAGCAAUCGCGUAAAACAAGCCAUCCAACACCCCGCCGCCCACGCCAUCGACGGUCUAGCCAAUCCGCCCGAGAUGGACGGCUCCGCCGCCGCCGGCAGUAGCGAAAAAGCUGAAGCAAAAGGCAAUAUCGACUACAACGGGACCGACAACCUUUCCCCUCAAAUGGAUGGCUCCACUGGGUCGAAGACUAUGGCAUCAGGGGAUGCAAGCAACGAUCCAAACACCUCCAUCGCCACCACCGUAACCAUCCCCAGAGAAGCAGCCAUCGCCUAUCUCACCCGCAUCCUCGCCUCGGUCAAAAAAUUCAAAACGGAAUUGUUCUUCCACCCACCCCACGCGGAAGCGAAUUUAUACCCACCCGCAGCGGUCAUCUACGGCAAAACCACACCCACCGUUUACGGCGCCAAAGUGGUCAGCAGAGAAGCAAUCAAACAUGCCUCUGCAUAUGACAAUCUGGCGUUCGCGUCUGGAGAUGGUGUCGUGCUUGCUAAAGCUGCCAUGCUGCCUGAUGGGUAUUCGGUUGCUAGGGGUGGGUUGGUUUCUAGUGAGAGGGGGCAUGUGACGUUGUUGGGGGAUUUGGAGGCUGUGGGGAGGUGUUUGAGGGCGGUUGGGGCGGCGAGGAGGAAAGGUGUGGGUAUGGGUUGAUGAGGUGAGCUUAAGAUAUGUACAGUGUAUGAUUUUGUACGGUAGUGGUGAAAAGCAUAGCAUAGCAAACAAGCAUUAGCGUUGUCGGUUCUUUUAUUCUGGGUUCGAAGGUUUCCCAUCAUCGGUGUGGUUUGCAAAUGCGGUUAGAGGAAGCUAAGGUGGUUUCUUGAAUCAGAGGUUUAUUCACUGAAAGUGCUCACUCUUGAUUGCUCUCAGCGGACAAUCGCAUCAACACCAAAAAAACGAUCUUGCAUUGACACAGCCAUUCAGUCCACUAGUCUGCACAUCUAGGAGUCUCACCCAGCCAGCAAACU